AUGCCAUCUCCUGUGAAAGGCAGCACCAUUGCUGCUACCAUUGGUAGCUCCGUCUACCACAACAACAAAGGCGAGAACCUCCUGGCCAAAGCCCGGGAGCAAGAGGCGAAGAUUGCCUCACUCAACUGGCAGAUUGCGGCCUCCGAGAAGGCGCUUAAAACCUUUGUCACCGAGGCAGUUGCAGAAAAGAAACUGGCAGACGCUGCUGCCGCUGAGGAGAAGAAAUUUGGUGGGGACUCCAGCAUGGCUUCUCGGCUGUUCAGACAGAUGAUGGAAGAUCAGCAAGACGGCGCCGAUGAGACUCAUCAGGAGGAUACCGGGGCUCCUUAA